AUGCCUACUACUCGACCAUAUAAUAUUCGUGAAGCGAGACGAAAAGGAUAUGUUGACAAUAUUGAAGCUGUAGAAACGAAAUUAAAGUUAAUUACUUUAUUUCGUGAAAAUAACAAUUAUAUACCUUUAAACAAAACACCUUUUUAUUAUUUUGCAAGAUUUAAUAGAGCAUUAAUUUAUAUGGGCAAACUUAAAUACGCAAUCACCAACGAGAUGAACACGAUUUUAAGUCUACAUGAAACUAUUAAUUGUGGAAUCAUUGUUAGACUUAGCGAACCAUUACAACAGGAACGUAAUGAUAUUCUUCAAUUUAAUAAUAGCUUUAACCAACAGCAUGAAAAAUGUCAAAUAACCUUACAAGGAACAGAAGAUGAAGUUAAUGAAUAUGAAAAUAAUAAGCAAAAAGUAAAAAGAUGGUUAGAGGAAAUAAAAUCAGAUUGA